CAUAUGUAUAAAACGUCUGAACACUUCCUUAAUUUCCCUUUUGUGUGCUUCCAGGUGGAUUUGAAAGGUGAAAUCAUGAAUAUGGCUAAAAUUUCAGACAGUGGUAAGAAGCAGAGGAAGAACUGGUCUUCAGUGUGGACUGUGCUCACCUCAGACCAGUUAAUGUUUUAUAAAGACAAACAGGAAACUGGACUGAAACCAGGAGGUAAGGCAGAUGUGCUUCAGCUGUGUGGAGCAUUCAUUGAGUGGAAUACUGAGAAAUCAAGCAGGAAAAAUGUCUUCCAGAUUAAAACAAGCACAGGAAGUGAGUACCUUGUCCAGACUGACAGUUACUCCACUGCCAGCAAAUGGUACGACGCCAUCAAAAAGACCGUCGACUCUUCAACUAAAGAAGGUUUUCCUCUGCGGAGAUCAAACAGUACAGACUACCUGCCCAGACACAGCUCCCUACCUGGAUAUGGCUCUGCUUCUCCUGGUGUCAAACAACGUAACCCAAUACACCGACGAUCUAUCAACAUGUUUGGCAGCUCAAAGCUGAAGCACAGCGCCUCAGAUAGCGCAGACAAGAAUGGAGUGAAAAACCGGCUGAAGAAAUUCAUCAUCAGACGUCCAUCCAUGAAGACUCUACAGGAGAAAGGCCUGAUAAAAGAUCGAGUGUUUGGCUGCCAUCUGUCGAGUCUCUGUGAGCGUGAAGGGACCACGGUACCAAAGUUUGUUCGGAUCUGUGUGGACGCCGUUGAGAAACGAGGUCUGGAAGCUGACGGGAUCUACAGAGUCAGUGGAAACCUGGCCACAAUCCAGAAACUUCGCUUCCUCGUCGAUGAAGAGGAGGACCUGGACCUGGAACACAGUCAGUGGGAGGAUGUCCACGUCGUCACCGGAGCCCUCAAAAUGUUUUUCCGUGAACUGCCGGAGCCACUGUUUCCAUUUAGGUUUUUCCAGCUUUUUGUGGAGGCCAUCAAGAUCAAAGAACCCAAACAAAAAGUUCAGGCUGUGAAGAAACUGAUACAGCAGCUGCCCAAACCCAACCAUGACACCAUGAAGCUUCUCUUCAGCCACCUGCACAAAGUUCUGGCCUUUUCCAGGAAGAACCUGAUGUCCACUCAGGGCAUCGGAAUCGUGUUCGGUCCAACGCUGAUGUGGCCUGAACUGGACGCCGGAAACAUGGCGGUCAACAUGGUGUAUCAGAAUCAGAUUGUGGAGUUCAUUCUCACUGAAAGCCAAGAAAUCUUCAACUUGGACGGGAAGUAAAAGGUGCUGAGCGGGACCAAAUCAGCUGAUGGACUCACGUUUACAGAUAUUAGAAGCCAUGUCUGGUUUGGGCCGGGAUGUAAAAACUGGAAUUUUCAGAAGAUAUUUUGUCAGAGUUUAUAUUGCAUUAGCACAAAUCUAUAAUUAAAUGUUUUGACCCUUUUACCUCUGCCACAAUCGGUGUUGUUUUCAAAUACAAAAAUAUACAGUACUCCAAUAAAUAAUUCUAAUGA